GACUUUUUGCUCCAAGUGCCAGAAUUGAUUGUGAUUAGGACAUCUUUUGCUGAGAAAUAAAUAAAAUGGAACAUAAUGGGUCUGCUUCAAAUGCUGAUAAAAUCCACCAGAAUCGCUUAUCAAGUGUUACAGAAGAUGAAGACCAAGACGCUGCUCUUACCAUUGUGACUGUGCUGGACAAAGUGGCCUCCAUUGUGGACAGUGUGCAGGCAAGCCAGAAGAGAAUAGAAGAGAGACACAGGGAAAUGGAAAAUGCCAUAAAAUCUGUCCAGAUUGACCUGUUGAAGCUUUCACAGUCACAUAGUAAUACAGGCCAUAUCAUUAACAAGUUGUUUGAGAAAACCCGAAAAGUGAGUGCGCACAUUAAAGACGUGAAGGCCCGGGUGGAGAAGCAGCAAACUCAUGUUAAAAAAGUUGAAGUCAAGCAAGAGGAAAUAAUGAAGAAAAACAAAUUCCGCGUGGUAAUAUUCCAGGAGAAGAUCCGGUGUCCGACGGCCCUGUCUGUUAAAGAGAGAAACCUAGCUGAGAACCAGGAGGAGGAAGAGGAGGACGAUAUCUUUGAUCCCCCAAUAGAUCUCUCUUCGGAUGAAGAGUAUUAUAUUGAAGAAAGCAGAUCUGCCAGGCUUAGAAAGUCAGGCAAGGAGCGCAUUGAUAAUAUCAAAAAGGCAUUUUCUAAAGAAAACAUGCAGAAGACACGCCAGAAUUUUGACAAGAAAGUGAACAGAAUUAGAACUAGAAUAGUGACCCCAGAGAGGAGAGAAAGGCUGAGGCAGUCAGGAGAGAGGCUGAGGCAGUCAGGAGAGAGGCUGAAACAGUCAGGGGAAAGAUUUAAGAAAUCUAUUUCUAAUGCUACUCCCUCAAAGGAAGCCUUUAAGAUGCGUAGUCUCAGGAAAGCUAAGGAUCGAACUGUGGCUGAAGGUCAGGAAGGUGACAGGGAGAUGGGGGUGGACAUUAUUGCCAGAAGCGAUUCUCUGGGCCCCAUCAGUGAGCUCUACCCUGAUGGGCUCAAUGAACCAGAACACGAGGCAGCCAGGGCAGUGUAUCCUCCCCGAGAAGCGGGGGACAUCCCCACCCCUGAGCCUUUGAAAGUUACCUUUAAACCUCAGGUGAAAGUAGAGGAUGAUGAAUCUCUUUUGUUAGAUUUAAAGCAGUCAUCAUAAAGAGGAAUUAAGUAUAUCCUAAAUAUAAAUCUCCUUAAUCAUGCAGUUUUAGUUUGAAUAGUGUAGUCAUUUACAUUUGUAUGCCAUAUGGGAAAACAGAAAUGGUAUGGCUGUUUCGUGUCUUACAUUUAAAAUCUUGAAGAUAAUAUAAAUAUUAU